GGGCUCUGGCCUGGAAAUUGCUGAGGAACACGUGGGCGACAUUUCCACACAUUUUGCCCUCGCUUUCGCGCUAGGAAUGUCCGCUUGCUUUCCAGUCAGCACCUAGAGCCUACACAUACUAUACAUAGCUGACGGUAUCGGUCCUGGGUCAAGAAUAGAAUGGCCUUGCGACAGACAUGCGGCAGUGCCGAGCAAGCGAUUUUUGGGCCCAACGACCUAAAACUCUGUCUUAAGCUAUGAAGUAUCAUGUCGUCUAUCGAUUGGCUACUUGGCUUCACGUGCGUACUGGUGUUGGUGUGGAGCGUGUCAGGAGCGUGCCCUCGUACCCCAUUCGGGACACGCAUGCCCGUCGACAACGCCCCCGAGCGGUUCCAGACGUACAAGCAAGUCCCAACAAUGACUACUUCGUUCAGUACCAAUCAUGUACAAUGACUUAUUGUUUGGGGCAGCCUUCGUGGGGGCGCUGGUGGUCGCGUGGGCGGCAAGGAUGCCAUUACCAGUCUGUCCGGAUGUAUCGUCAACAAUUGUCGACCCGCUUUUCACGACUAACGAGAAGCCACAGCUGUUUUACAACUGGCCAGAUGUAUACGCGCGAACUCUGGAGCUGCCCUUCUUCACACCCGUGGCACUCCGCAUCAACCUUUCCCCGAGUCAUAAGCUAGCGCAGGGCGCAGCGACGAUGAAUUUUAUGCUGCGAAGCAACACAAGUGACUUUGCUGUUCUGGAGCAGCACAUCUGCAGGUGUGACUUCUGCGGCCUGGGCCGACAGCUGCCCCUGGAGCGGCACUCGGUGCUCAGCGUGUUGGACCUGGGCGGCAACUGCGGACUGGCCGCCAAUGUGCUGGCGGCUGUGUACCCCAACGCGCGUGUGGUGACAGUGGAGCCAGGCACCUCCACCUUCCAGCUCCUAGCCGUCAACACCGCCCACAACCGGCGCAUCCAGGCUGUGUACGGCGCGGCCUGGGGCAGCAGCACGCUCAUCACCCUCAACGGCCCCAUAUACGACCACGAGGUCAAGCAGGAGGCCGCUGACUGGGCCACGUCUGUGGGCCCCCUGCAGACCGCCGCCGCCUCUGUGUCGGACCUGGUUCCGGCCUGGGCGCUGGACGACCUGCUGGCCAAGUACCACCUGGGGGCUGUGGACGUGCUCAAGGUGGACGUGGAGGGCUCGGAGGCGGUCAUGUUCAGCGACAGCAAGAACGUGCAGUGGCUGAGGCGCGUCAAAUGCCUGGUGAUCGAGUGGCACCACCGCCACCUCAGCGGCAGGCAGUACGACAAAUUCCAGGCCAUUAUGGACAGGUACGGGCUGAAGCCGCUGGGGCGCUUCGGGGAGCAUGAGGGAUUCUGCAGGCCCCAGCCGGGGCCCAGCUUUGGUGGCAUCGGCAGCAGUAGCAGUAUUGGCAGCGGUAUUGGCGAUGCCUUGACUGACCUUUUAAGUGGCGUGUGAGGCGGCCAUGUUGCAGCAUGUGGCGGGCCGCCUCAGGCAGGCUGUCUCUGGCGGGGGCGUCCCGAACCCGAGGAAGAGACAUGCACAUCUGCCCCGCACCUGAUGACAACUGCAUCCGGUCAAGGGGCAACUGAAGUGGCCUGUGAUGGGAGAGCUCUGCGUUGCGUGAUUAGGGUAGCCGGGCGGUGUGUGCGAUGGGACAGUGUCAAGGCAGGGCAGCCGGGCGGUGUGCAUGUAGGUUUGAGGGUACAGGGCAAGGGGCAAAUGCGCGCGUAGGUGCCGGUGACACGGUGACUGUUAACGCUUGCGUAGGUGGGGCUGGCCGCAUGCCGGCCCUUGCCGGCAUUCAUGACGUGUGCGUAUUCAUCACAUUCUGAGGGGCACGAGCGAUCCCUUCCAGGUGUGUGGAGCAGCAGUGUCGCUGGGUUGCUCCACUGCGCAUUUGACGGCGGAGGUCCUGGCCGCAUCUGAGAAGGCCCCCCGGCCCAGUCUUAGUUGUUGGCAGAGGCCGCCGCCCCAAACUUGAAACCCGCAUCAGCCACAACUAAGUUAUUGACGUGUGUUGCGGAACUAAUGCGUACGUAGACCAGCGCGGAAGGCGGAGUGGGCUUGCAGGCGGCACGAGAGUAGGCAGUCAGUAGCGCAAGUUGCGAAUUCACAUGUUACCUCGUAACCGACGGUAAACACUGUGGACGGUCGCGCCCAUAGCUGGCUGACGGAAGGUGGCUGCUGUAUUGGUAUGGCUGGGCUGGACGACGGCGCCCGGGCUGGCGUCAAGUUGCUGUCACACCCCGGUUUCCACAACUGUAUGACCAUACACAAUCCAGAACUUUCCGGAUUUCCCACCCUCCGGGGACGACGGGGAUGUGCCCGCGCCGCAAGCUCGCAACAUGGCAUUCGCAUGAAAGUAUUUCAGUGAUGGGGCUGGCAGGCAGGGGCGAGGGACACGCCAAGCCAUUUGCCAGAGGCCUGAGGCCAGGCAUGAAGGAUAACGAUUGCAUGGUGGAGGGAAGAUUGUUUGUCUGUGUUCGUAUCUUGAGAUGUCAAAGGAAGGAUUGCCGUGGCUGCGUACAGAGGUGAACCCUAACGGCGUUAUCGGAGACGUGUGACGGCAGGUGACGGCCAACACGUCCAGCCAGGUCAAGCGCGUCUAGCCUUGCUUUAGCCCUUGGCCUAGCGCCCCAGCCUAGCGCGGCUGCGUGCUGGCGUUGAGUGCCGUACUGCCACGCUCAAUUGGUGAUUUUAUAAUUGGUGACAGUAAGAAAUCGCGUUGGAAUUAAACAGGCUGACACAGACUUUGGUGAUGGGCUCUGGCAGAAGCCAGGCCGAAUUGCACCCGUGUCACAGAAUUGGUGAUGGGA